AAAAUCGCAAACGCAAUAUUGUUCAGAAAAGUUAGCUGUUGAACUUUACUCGAAUUCUUUGUAUUGGAAUUUAUCAUAUUAAGCAAGGGAUACAAUAAUUUUCAAAAUUAAAAAUCCCGCGAAUCGUUAUGACUGCGAGUGUUGGUAACGGAAUGAUCAAAUUAAGAUUAAUCGAAAUUGCUUUGAUCGCUUAAUGCUAUUGCUAAUUUGUUAAUAUUCUCCUUUCAUAAACCUUUUGUUUAGACCAAGACCGUUAUAAAUUGGAGUUGGAGAUCAAUAAUAAAAAUAAUCACCUAUUUUCAACGACACGUGCCUGUUUUUCAUUCGUUGAACGUAGACAAUGAAUUUGGGUAUAAAACGUCAAUGUCAGCAAUGAACUGUCAAAUUACAUUUCUUGUCAUUUUGGAGUGGAGUGUUAGUUUGAGAAUUUUGAAUAAACAUUAUUAAAAUUAAAUAAUUACAAUGAUUUUUUCAAUACUUUGUGCUUAUUUAUUAUUUACAACACAAAUUUUAUGUCGUGCCGAAAACGAGAUCAAGUCAGAGGAAGAUGUAGGUGUUAAAUAUGCAAACCGUUGUGAAGUUUGCAAGAUAUUGGCCACCGAGCUACAGGAGAGGCUAGAGCAGACCGGUAAGGUUCACGAUGUGAUAGAAAUUGGCUACUCCCUCGAUGACGUGCAACCUAAGAAGAAGACCAAGUAUCAGAAGUCGGAGCUGAGGUUGAUAGAAUCUCUGGAAGGUGUUUGUGAAAAGAUUCUGGAGUACAAUAUUCACAAAGAACGUCAGGACAGUACGAGGUUCGCUAAAGGCAUGAGUCAAACGUUUAAAACUCUCCAUGGUUUAGUUGAUAAGGGUGUGAAGGUGGACCUUGGGAUUCCAUUAGAGUUGUGGGAUAAGCCGUCAGCUGAGAUAACCCAUAUGAAAACACAAUGCGAGAGCCUUUUGGAGGAGAACGAAGGAGCUGUUGAGGACUGGUAUUGGAACCAUCAAGGAGAGGUAGAUCUCAUCAAGCACUUGUGUACUUACAAUGCCUUGAAGGGGACGGAUGACUCUUGCUUGAAUGAACAACUGACUACUGCCAAGGGUGAGCGAGGUUCCUCAGACAAGUCAGAACUAUGAGAGUAACUAUUGUUUUAGAAAAUAAGUACAAGAACAAUCUGUAUUGAAAUGAGUCUGUGUUUAUGAACUUUGUGAUACCAUGAAGGCAUUUCUACUGUAAUAUUUAUUGUAAGUUUAGUAAUUAUUAGGUACUUAAGUGUAAUAGUGUAGUUAGUAAAACUGAAUUAUUAAUACCUCAAGUUUAUACACAAUAUAACAUAAUGGAGAGACCAUGAGGUUGCAAUGUUUAAUAUUUUUUUAUAACUUGAAAGAAUGUUACUCAAUUCUCGAGACUUCUCUAGCCUGUCAGUGGGCAAACCCAGUUUCUUUUGUAUAAGAACUUUUACUAAUUUGUAUAUCCAUUUUAUCAGUGUUUAGAAUGAAUUGUUUCUUUUAUUUUUGUAUUUGAAUUUUGACUGCAUCAUAUUUUUUAGAAAUAAAACAAUUUAACUAUGUA